AUGGGUGAUGACAAAGUACAAACGUUAAAAUGGCAAGAGUUCAAGGAGUCAUUUCUGAAAUAUCAUAGCCCACAAUCCGCGAUUGAUAAGAUUCAAGAAGACUUCUUACGUCUUCGACAAAAGGAUGAAACGAUUGACGAAAUAACUAAUAAGUUCCUUGACAAGGUGAAAUUUUGUGGGGAGAUAGCGGGGACUGAGAGGUUGAGAAUCAUGCAUUAUCAUGCUAUGUUAAAGGCUGAAUAUCGGGAGUUCGUAAAUCCCUCCACGUGUGCAACGUUGAAUGAAUUAAUCGACUGGGCAAGAGAUAGGGAGAUCGAUCUAAGAAGGCAGGUUGAACGGGGAGAGAAAAGGGUGGCGGAGAAGCCUACCAACACAAACCCAUCGAAAAAGGCAAGAUAUCAAGAUCAAAACAGGAAAGGGAAGACAAGUAGUGGGAUUUCGACUUGCAAGACAUGUGGGAAACAUCAUUCAGAAUGUCCAAAACUCCAACAAGGGGCACAGAAAGAUGGAAAGAAGGAUGAGUCUUCCAAGGCUCGUGGGAGGAUGUUCCAGUUAACCUCGGAUGAAGCUAAGGCUAGCCCAGAUGUUGUUUCAGUACCCUUAGAAGUGGAAGUUACUGAUAGCAAAAGCUAUUUGUUACAUGAUAUUUAUAGAAACUGUAAGAUCUUAAUCGAAGAUGAGGAAUUUAGUAUAGAUCUUGUCCCGAUGUACAUGGGGGAAUUUAAAGUAGUUGUAGGAAUGGAUUGGCUAGCCCAAAACCACGUUGAAAUUCAAUGCGAAAAGAAAGUCAUUCAUAACGGAGGUAAGGCGUAUCUAUCUUACGUGAUUCAAACCAAUCGAGGUGUUUCAAAGCUUGAAGAUGUGAAUGUAGUGAACGAAUAUCCGGAUGCGUUUCCGGAAGAUUUACCGGGGCUUCUGCCCGAGCGGGAAGUAGAAUUCAAGAUAGAGCUUAACCUGGAUGCAAAACAGGUAGCUAAAGCUCCUUACCGUGAAGCAGAGCAUGCUUCCCACUUACGUGAUGUAUCGGAAACUCUUCGCAAGGAAAAGUUAUAUGCAAAGUUCUCAAAGUGUGCCUUUUCUCUUAGAGAGGUACAGUUUUUGGGUCAUAUAAUCGAUGCGGAUGGUGUCCAUGUGGACCCAUCCAAAGUAGAUGCGGUAACGAAUUGGGUACCCCCGAAGAAUCCAAGCGAAAUAAAAAGUUUUCUAUGCUUGGCUGGGUAUACAGAAGAUUUAUCCAGGAUUUCUCCAAGAUAG